UACCUCGAGCAGGAGGUUAGCCGGCUGGUGGGAGAUGUUGCGGACUGUGGAGGUGAGAUGGCUGGAGCAGGGCAGUGGUUGGGGGAGAUGUUGCGGCAGGAGCAGGGCUGCAGGGGGCUGCUUGCGACGAUGGCGGGGAGCAGAAGCGACGAUGACGACUGGCGACGGCGCUGCUUGCGCCGGGAGCGGGGAGCAGAAGCGACGAUGGCGACUGGCGAUGGCGCGCUGCUUGCGGCGGCGAGCUGCUUGCGGCGAUGGGACGGAAGCGCUGGGGGCCUGGGGCGAUGGUUGACGGCGGCAGGGUGGCGCCACUCUCCCUCUGUCGUCUGUUCUACUUCUAGGUCGAAGAUGGAGAAAUAAAAGGAAAGUUAUGGU